AUGGGGGGGCUGAUGGUGGUCUCCUCCCCUCCUUCUCCUCCCCCAGCCGUGGCCAGCCCCCUCCAGCAAUGCGGGGAGCGACCAGAGGACUGGUGUCGCGACGUGGGGACAGCGGCCAAGUGCGGGGUGCUGGAGCUGUGCCGGGCCACCGUCUGGGACCAGGACCUGGGGCAGAAAGGGAUCCCGUGUCACCUGUGCCAGAUGGCGGUCUCUGUGGUGGGCAAGAUCCUGCAGGACAACCGCACUGAGGAGAAGCUGAGGCUCUUCUUGGAUAAGAGAUGCCAGUACCUGCCAUUCCAGGACUGGUCUGUCAAGUGCAAGAAGAUGGUGGACACUGGUGUCCUCAUCCUCACCCAGCUGGGCAAGCAAGUGAUGUCGGACCCAAAGGUGGUGUGUGGGACCAUCAAGCUGUGCCAGUCUCCAGACAGCCCUACAGGGGGGGCCCUGAAGUUCCAGAAGCCACCACCAGCCCCCGCAGGCUCUGCUCAGGACUUUGCCGACCUGGUUGUCCCCUUCAUCGCCAAUGUGCCCCUGCUGCUCCAUCCCCAGCACCAGCCUCGUGGCCAGGAGCUGGAGGAGGUGUGUGAGGACUGUCUGCAGCUGGUGACAGCCCUGCAGCUGGAGCUGGGGACCAGCACUGCCUUCACCAGGGGGCUGGUGGCCCACACCGAGCGGGCGUGCGAGGGCCUGGCCCCCCGCCUGGCACAGCGGUGCAAGCACUACCUGGCUCAGUAUUCCGACACGGCCACCCGGCUGCUCCGGCACCUGGUAAGCAGGGAUGACCCAAGGGAGCUGUGUGGCCACCUGGGACUCUGCUCCUCCUCCUCGGCGCUGCCCCUGCACACCCUGCUCACUGAGAAGAUGGUGCAGGUCCUGAGCACCCUGGGGCAGGACUGGGAAGGGACCAGGCCUUUGUGUGAAAUGUGCCAGUUUGCUGUGAGGGCAGCAGAAAGCCUCCUGGAGAACAACAUGACAGAGGAGCAGCUGGUGGAUGACAUCGAGAAGGUGUGCUACAUGCUGCCCCACAGUGUCAUUGAGCAGUGCAAAGACUUUGUGGACUCCUAUGGCAAAGCUGUGGUCAUCAUGCUGCUGGAGGCCACCGACCCCACAGCUGUGUGCACCAUGCUGCACUGCUGCCCCCACCACGGGGAGCCCCGCACGGGGGCUGCUGCUGCUGCUCUGGAGCAGCUGGGGGUGGGCGCGGGGUCCUUCUGCAACGUCUGCCAGGUGCUCAUCACCUACUUCGACAACGAGCUGCUGAAGAACGAGACGCUGGAGGAGCUGGCUGGUGUGCUGGGGAAGGGCUGCGAGCUGCUGCCCAGCCCCCUCACCGACAAGGUGAGAUGGAAAGGGUGGGAUGGGGCACCCCAGCCUCAGGGACCCCUCUCCCCCCCCUCCUUCAGCCCUCACCCCCUGUCCCCUCGGCAGUGCGAGGCGCUGGUGGUGCAGUACGAGCCGGCGGUUGUGCGGCUCCUCGUGCAGGUGUUGGACCCUGACUUUGUCUGCACUAAAAUCAAAGCCUGCGAGGUGCCCCAGGAGGACCUGCUGGGCUCAGACCCCUGUGUCUGGGGCCCACAGUACUGGUGCAAGAACAUGGCCACGGCUGUUGAGUGCCACGCCGUUGAGCACUGUCGGCGUCACCUAUGGAACUAG